AUGCUUCCUUUUGACACAACAUCUUUGCUGCUAUGCCAGAUAAACACAUAUUUGAUCUGUAAUUUUUCAGGUGAAGAAAAGAAGUUUGAUCCAUCUUUUAAUGGUCCUAUUAAAAAUAGAUCUUGUACAGAUGUAUUAUGUUGUUUGAUAUUUUUAAUAUUUGUUGUUGGAAUGGUGGUGUGUUCUGCUUUAGGUUAUGCACAUGGUGAUCCUACAAAGUUAGUCUACCCAACAGAUAGUGAUGGCAACCUGUGUGGUUCAGGAAAUUUUGCUGACAAACCAAACUUGAUGUUUUUUGAUCUAUUGGAUUGUGCUAAAAUGGGAGCUGGUGUAAUAGUCUAUGGUUGUCCAACACCACAGGUGUGUGUGGAAUCAUGUACUACAUCUUAUUAUGUCUACCUGCAAACUAUAGCUUUAGAAACAGCUAAUGGUGGAAUGAUCACUGCAGAGAGAAAUAAAAUGUUAUAUAAUGAACAAUGUGCUGCUUAUUAUGUAGAAAAUACUGCAGUAAUUGGAAGAUGUGUGCCUGCCAUAUUUAACCAAAUCACUAAUUUAGCAUCUAAUUUAGUUACCAAUGAGUCUUAUUCCUUACAAAAUAAAGAUGGUACUAAUUAUAAAGAGUAUGGUGAGCUAGUUUAUAAAGAUAUUGUAACAUCCUGGAUCACUCUUCUUAUUGGUCUAGGUGGUGCUGUGUUGUUAUGUCUAAUAUGGAUUGUUAUUAUGAGAUGGAUAGCUGGUAUUAUGGUGUGGUUCUCUAUUGUAGCUUUCCUAGGGCUAUUUGGUUUCUCGACAUAUUAUAGUUAUAGUAAAUAUUAUGAACUAAAAACUCAGAAUUCUACAGCAGAAAUUGGUUUAUCUCAAGCCUUUGCUUUGAAUUUUAGUUAUUAUUUGUCUUUAAAACAAACCUGGCUGGCAUUUGGAUGUGGUUCAGCUACUGUGUUGAUAAUAUUACUAUUGAUUAUAAUAUUUCUGUGUAGUAGAAUAAGAAUAGCUAUUGAACUUAUUAAAGAGGCUAGCAGAGCUGUUGGAAGUAUGUUUUCAACCUUACUGUUUCCUAUAGUACCAUUCAUAUUCCAGAUAGCUUUUCUUGCUUAUUGGGUUGUUAGUGCUGCUUUUGUUGCGUCUAUGGGAUCAGCUGAAUAUAAAGGUGAAAUACAGAAUACUACAUCUGAUGGUGUUAAUUAUGUAUUAGAGAGAAUACCUUGUACUCCUAAUGUAUGUAAUAACCUUUUAUAUUAUUUGUUAAUUUCAAAAUACUUAAAUUUUUUCAGGUACACCAUAUUUAUGCAGGUUUAUAUGUUGUUUGUAUUUCUAUGGGUGAUGAAUUUUAUUGUGGCUUUAGGACAGAUUGUAUUAGCUGGAGCCUUCGCCUCAUAUUACUGGGCAUUUAAUAAGCCUGAUGAUAUCGCAGCAUUCCCUCUAGUAGCCUCAUUUUGGAGAGCAAUAAGAUAUCAUCUUGGUUCUAUAGCAUUUGGUGCUUUUAUAAUAGCUGUUAUUCAAAUGAUCAGAAUUGUGUUAGAAUACCUUGAUGCCAAACUGAAAGGUUCUGAAAAUACUAUAGCAAGAUUUUUUUUGAAAUGUUUGAAGUGUUGCUUUUGGUGUUUAGAAAAAUUUAUGAAAUUUUUGAAUAAAAAUGCUUAUAUUAUGAUAGCUGUAAGAGGGAAGAAUUUCUGUGCCUCGGCCAAAGAUGCAUUUUUUUUAAUAAUGAGAAACAUUGUCAGAUGUGUGGUAUUAGAUAAAGUAGCUGAUUUUUUACUGUUUUUAAGUAAACUAAUUGUAACAGCAGCCAUUUGUGUUGGAUCAUACUUUUGGUUUCAAGGAAGCAUUCCAUUCUUUACAAAUUAUGUUCCCAAAUUAAAUUUCUACCUCACACCUGUUAUAGUAUUAACAUUAUCAACAUAUAUAACAGCUUCACUGUUCUUUAGUGUGUAUAGUAUGGCAGUCGAUACUUUAUUUAUCUGUUUCUUGGAAGAUUUAGAAAUGAAUGAUGGCAGUGCUAGUAAACCAUAUUAUAUGAGUAAAGGUUUAAUGGGAUUACUUGGCAAGAAAAAUAAAACUGAAAAGAAAUAA